AGCAGAAACUGGAAACACGCUUGUUUUUGUUUCUAGCACUGCUGAUAUUGAUAAAAAAAAAAGAGUAAUUAAUCAACGUGCGUUUUCUUUUAUUAUUCAUGUGAAUAUCGUGAUAAGCUGUAAUCGCAUGACGAUUCUUUUAAACAAUUGCAUAAUAAUAGCACCAAAGUUUAUUCAGAAUCGUCACCAUGGCUACAAUGAUACAGGAACUUAUAGCAUGGUAUAAAUACCUUAAUGAAGAUGUAGCGGAUCAACGUACAAAAGAUUACUUUCUCAUUGGUACACCAUGGCCUGGCUUAACUUUGAUUGGAUUUUAUGUCUAUUUUAUAUAUAAUCUUGGACCGAGACUCAUGGAAAAAAGACAGCCUUUUACAUUAUACAGGAUAUUGCAAAUAUACAAUGUGACACAAAUUCUAUUAAAUGCAUAUUUAUUUUACAAAGCAAUGACAAUGGGUUGGAUAGGGGAAUUUAGUUACUUUUGCGAACCUAUCGAUUAUUCGAACACGCCAAAGACAAGGGAGAUCACUAGAUUGGUUUGGUCUUAUUUUAUGAUAAAGGUACUAGAUUUAAUGGAUACCGUCUUUUUCGUACUCAGAAAGAAGCAAAGCCAAAUAACGUUUCUUCAUUUAUAUCAUCAUAUUGGUAUCGUAAUGGGUACUUGGGGUGCCGUUAAAUGGUUGCCUGGUGGUCAUGUCACAUUCCUAGGACUUAUUAAUACAUUUGUUCACGUAAUAAUGUAUACGCACUAUCUAUUAGCGGCCAUGAAGAUAAAUACAAGUUUAUGGAAAAAGCACAUCACUCAAUUGCAGCUAAUCCAAUUCUUCUUGAUCACUUUACACUAUCUGCAAUUAGCCUGGGUAGAAGAUUGCGGUUUUCCAAUAUGGCCGGCAUAUGUGAUGGUACCGCAGAAUUUGUUUAUGAUUAUAUUAUUUGGAGAUUUUUAUUAUAAAACAUAUAUCAAGGAAAAAUCGGCAAUCGAAAAAGUAAUGACAAAAAUGGAAAUAAACGGCAUCUCCACUGAAAUUUCGAAUAGAAAAUCGAAAGAACAAUAAA